AUGAUAUCUGUGGGAUUACUGGGCGGUAAUCUAUGGCCUAAUGGUUGGGAGGCAUACCAAGAGCACCGGCCGGUGGCGUACCUGCCCUCCCGAUACGAACUCGUGUUCAUCAUAAAUGGCCGCAACUUUUCCAACACAGUGUUGGCCUGGAAUUCAAUGGACACGAAGAACUGGAACAGCUCGUGGAGGUAUAAGGAUAUCGGCGAUCGCGUGGUCUACACCGGGAUGUUUGAGAUGAAUGGCAUCGUAUACGCCAUCGGAGAGACCAAGAAUAGCAUCGAAAGAGUGGGAAAGAUAUACAGAUAUCAUAUACUCGGCAACAAUGAUAGGAAACUCACCGAAACUAACCAAAUGGUGAGCGACUUCUUCGGCUGUCCGGCGGAAAAGCAACAAAAGUCUUAUACAUUAGUGAAUACUAUUCGCACGAAUCGGGAGAUAAAGACCGGAAGUGUAUUGAAUAAGUUGACGACCAAAGACGACGACUCUAUCUUAAUAUCAAUAUUUAUUGGUAUUGUAAUCACUGCAUGUCUCACCACAAUUGUCCUGUCCUUCCUGACCAUCACCGGCAGAAAAAAGUCUAAAUUAGAGGCUAUCCGUGCCGUCGAGCCGACAAUUCCCAAACUGCCGGUCGUGGGGCUGGACUAUAGUCCCCGACAGACGUCAAAUGUGUCCCGUUUUGACACCAUGUCCUCCAUAACAGCUAUUUAUUCGCAGAUCACUAGACCUGUCAAUAAGCCGACCAAACAUAAGGCGGUGGUCGGCGACCCGCAGCCCACGGCCACCAUUAAAUCCAAUGGCCAUAACGGCAACCAUAAGGCCACGAGUGUUGGCGCCUACAGCGGCCGCACUGACCGCACCCGACGCUCAUAUCAUACAAAUAGCGUUACGGCCGGCAAUACGUCCGUCAACUGUAUAUCAAACGGCAAUAAUACUAAUAAUAAUAAAUAA